CACCAUGAGGCUCCUGCUCCUGCUGCCCCUCCUGCUCCUGCUGGCCCUUGGCCUCUGCCGCACAGCUCCGGAGGGCUCCGUCAGUACCGACUCCAAGAGCUCCCAAGCCUUUGUGUCCAAGCGCGCCAGCACCGAGAUGCGGCGGCACAAGAGGCAUUACGGCUAUGACAGCAGCCCCUAUGGGGCCGUGCGGGACCCGCUGGAGGCCAAGCGGGAGGUUUGCGAGCUCAACCCCGCCUGCGAUGAGCUCGGCGACCUCAUCGGCUUCCAAGAGGCGUACCGGCGGUACUACGGGCUGGCCUGAGCCCCACAGCGCCCCACAGCGCC